AUGACCUGGGUCCGCAACGCGUCACCAGAGGUUGUUGGUCAGUCAAGGUAUCUGAUGGUGAUAUCGGUCUGCGCGGUAUCUAUUCCUCUAUUGAUACUGAUCCUCAUUGUACGAGGGUAUCAUUAUCUACGGAUCAACAAGAACGGCCGUCUGAGCUACCACAAUCUUUGCCUAUCGACAGCUUUUGCUGUCGUAUAUAUCGUGCUCGCGAUCAUCGAGACACGGCUUGGUCUGGGCUUGCCAUUGAAUCUUCUCCCGAAAGCCAACUUAGAGCGGUAUGCUCUUCUUAAUUUUGUAAGGAGACUGGCAUACAUCCUAGCUAAAGUGACAUACAAUCUCGGCCUGGGCUUCGCGGCUCUGGAAUACUGUAAGCGUACGACCAUCUCAACUCACCGGCGAAGCUUUCAGCUUGCGAUAAGCUCCAUCGUGUUGGCCCAUCUUGUGUCGUUUCUGCUUUUCCUGCUCUACUGCCGACCAGUCGAGAAAGCGUGGAUGCCGGAGGCUGACGGAAGAUGUCUUGCUACCAGGCCUUUAUUCUAUGGUACGUCCAUCGCCAUGCUUGUGACUAACCUUGUCGCGAUACUGUUGCCAAUUCCUCUGGUCUGUAAGCUACGCUUGACCAGAGCGGAGCGAGUCCGCUCCAUUGCUUUGAUCCUUCUUGGGCUGUUGACUCCUGUUUGCUCCUUGGCACGGAUAUGUCAGAUCAAGACCAUGAUAAAACAUGGAGAUUCAACCAUGCUUGUCGUCUGA